AUGGCGCCCACGUUGGCGUCGUUGCCUUUCUAUUCAGUGACCAAACAGGACAUCGAGGAACACUUUAGUAGCCAUGGCUCAGGGAAGAUCACAGAGAUCAAGUUGAUGAACGGAUUCGGGUUCAUCGAGUACGAGGAUGCGAUGGAUGCUAGAGAUGUGGUUCCUGGUAAGAUUUCCCUGAGUAGCAGCCCUACCUUCACUUUGGACAGGAUAACCUCGCUAACAACCCACCAUCUAGCAUUUCACGGCAGUGAUUUCAAAGGCGAGCGACUUACAGUCCAGUUUGCGCGUGGACCACGGCGCAAGGAAAAUUUUUCUGGCCCACCGGAUCGUCCUAAUAUGCCUCGUCCUCGUCGUACGAUUUUCCGCAUGUUGGUUUCUGGUCUUCCGGAAACAAGCUGGCAGGACCUGAAAGAUUUUGCACGUCAAUCUGGUCUGGACGUUGUCUACUCGGAGACUGGCCGCGAACAAGGAAGAGGGUUCGUUGAAUUCGAAACUGCAGCUGACCUGAAAACUGCCAUCGAUAAGCUUGAUGGACGAGAGUUCAAGGGCUCCCGAGUGAGCUGUGUCGCCGAUAUCCAGCCUUACGACGACCGCACUUUCCGUGAUCCAUAUCGGUCUCGCUCACCGCGUCGCAGCUAUCCUCCUAUCGAGGAGUACGACAGGAGAUUCCCCGCACCUCGUGGUUACAGCCCCCGCGCCCAUUACAGGGAACGCUCACCUGUUGCGCUCCGCCGCGACUAUUAUGAACGUGAUGGUUACGGCCGUCGCACUCCUCCCCGGCCUCGGAUUGAAGACUACCCUCCUCCGCGUCGUCCUUACGAUGACCCCUAUGAUGCCCGUCCUCCACCACCUCCCCGUCAUUAUGAUGACCCAUACAUGGCACCGAGACCCUACGGACGUCCUCGGAGCCCCCCAAGAGGCGACUACCCACCUUAUGACCGCCGUGGAUACUGGUAG